AUGAAUAUAAAAAAGAAAGCUUCAUUAGAUCUAUCUUUAGGUGUUGGGAAUACAUCUCUAUAUAGACGUCAUGCUAAAUUACAAGAUAUAAAACAAGUAAAAGAUAAAAAGUUGAGAAGUAAAUUAACAACUCAACAAAGAUUAUAUCACGUAGCAUCUGAACGUCUAGCAAAGAGUGAAAUUUUAUUACCUGAGUCUAUUGGUUAUCUUGAGACUGAAGGGCUAGAAAAAAGUUAUUCUAUAUCUCAAGAAUUGAUUACUGAAAAUAUCUCAUUAGGAGCUGCUAAUAAAAGGUUUUCACUUAAUCUAUCAUAUGGGCCAUAUUUUGUUGAUUAUACUAGAAAUGGUAAUCAUCUCUUAAUUGGAGGAUAUGAAGGUACUAUUGCCCUAUUAGAUGUAUCAAAUGGUCAACCAGAAAUAGUAACAGAAAUUCCACAAUUAAAAGAGACUAUACAAGAUGUCCAUUUCCUUCAUAAUUAUACAAUGUUUGCUGUUGCUCAGAAUAAGUAUGUUUAUAUUUAUGACCGUGAUGGUAUUGAAAUACAUUGUAUACGUGAUCAUGUAAUGAAUCCAUACAAGUUAGACUUUCUUCCAUAUCACUUUUUAUUAACUAGUAUUGGAGAAUUUGGUGAAUUAAGAUAUCAAGAUAUAUCUACUGGUAAAGUAGCUGCACUGCAUAAAACAGGUAAAGGAGCAUGUCGUGUAAUGAAGCAUAACCCUUAUAAUGGAGUAAUUCAUUUAGGACAUAAGGAUGGAACAGUAUCACUAUGGACACCUAAUAUUGCAACUCCAGUUGUUAAACUCUUGGCACAAAAAGGUAGUGUUACUGCUCUUGAUGUAACAAAUCACUAUAUGGUAACAGCAGGUAUGGAUAACUCUUGGAAAAUUUGGGAUAUAAGGAAACCAUCUGAUUUUUGUCCAUUACAUAACUUAAAAUCUUUCGGAGCAAGUGUUGCAUCUAUUUCAAUUUCUGGUACAGGUUUAGUAUCUGUUGGUUUUGGAUGUCAUAUUCAAGUAUGGAAAGAUAUAUUAGCUUCUUCAAAACCUAAGAUGCCAUAUAUUACACAUGAUCAUAAUGGAUCAUAUAUAACUAGUAUAAAAUUUCAACCAUGGAAUGAUGUUCUUGGAAUAGGGCAUAAAGAAGGAGCUGAGUCCAUUAUUGUACCUGGUGCUGGAUGUCCAAAUUUUGAUUCACGAGUUGCAAAUAUUUUUGAAACUCCAAAGCAGAGAAGGGAAUCAGAAGUUAGAAUGUUGUUAGAAAAACUUCCUGAAUCAACUAUAACUCUUUACCCAGAUUGUAUUGGUAGUGUUGAUACUGCACCUAGAGCUGUAAGAAAAGUUGAGUCCCAAACACUUAAAGAUAAUGAAUCUAAAAAACUAAAGAAGACAAAGAAUAAAAAGAGGGGACGAUCAAAAAUUGAAAAUAAGAUUCGUAACAAAAAUUUGAGAUAUGCAACUAUGAUUCGUACAAAAGCUACUGAAAUAAUUUCUGAAAAGAAGUUAAAUCAAGCUAAUAUUAAUAAAGAUAAGAAUAAACCCUUAGAUAAUUUCAAAAUAACAAAUUUAAAGUCUAGAAAUGCUUUGGAUAGAUUUAGAUAA